AUGCUUAUUAAAACCAACAAAAUUCGCAACUUUUCCAUUAUUGCUCAUAUUGACCACGGAAAAUCUACUUUGGCUGACCGUUUAUUAGAACUAACAAAUUUAAAAAACAGUAAUAAAUCUUUGGACAGAGUGCUCGAUAGUCUUUCCCUGGAACAAGAAAAAGGUAUUACUAUUAAACUAAAUGCUGUUCAAUUGUAUUAUCCGCCGGAAAGCCCUGAACCUUAUAUUUUUAACUUAAUUGAUACCCCGGGUCAUGUCGAUUUUAUGUAUGAAGUAUCCCGUUCUUUGGCUGCUUGCGAAGGAGUAAUAUUGUUGGUUGACGCCGUGAAAGGCAUUCAAGCUCAAACCCUGGCUUAUUAUGAAAUUGCUAAAAAGCUUAAUUUAAAAAUUUUACCGGUAAUUAACAAAAUUGACCUACCGCACGCCCAAUUAGAAGCUACUAAAAACCAACUUAUUGAACUGCUGAACUGCCAAGAAAGUGAGAUUUGUUUAAUUUCGGCCAAAACUGGGAAAAAUGUCGAUUUAUUGUUGGAAAAAAUAAUUAUCCCCGACGAUAAUUCGAUUUUAACUAAUAGUAUUCGCAACAACCCAAAUAAUAGUCGCGACAUUUUUAUCAUUCCUUUUACUGACUUAAAAUUUCAACCAAAUUUUUUCAAAAAUGUUUUUGCUGCCCAAGACAUUCUUUUAGUUAAAAACACCGACCAAGUAAAAAAAAUAACUCAAAAAGAAUUUUCUUCCUCCCAAACUAUUACUUUUAAGGUGCUAGGUCAAAAGAAAACGAGAAAAGAAGAAUUUGGUAUAGGGUCCUAUCAUCACGAAUUAGAAGUUGAGCCUUUUUCGCUGGGAAUUGAGGGAUUACCAGAAAUUUCACGAAUUUCUUUUUGUUUCGGCUACGCCCAGUCCCUCGAAAAUUCUCCGAAUUCAUUAAUGAAAACUAAGUUAUAUAACAGUAAAUUAUUAGCCGAAAGUGCCGGCAAAACUUUUACCAUGAAAGUUAAGGAGUGGAAUGUAUUUGAUAAUAACGAAUCCCUGCUUUUUAAUGAAACAAGCGAUUUUGAUUUAGACAGUUUUCAAGAAAAAUCUACUAAUAAUCCCGACCAACCAGUAAAUAAUCCACCUCCUAACCCACCAGAAAAUGAUAAUUCUACUACUCCAAGCGGAAACAAGGGACUAAUAAUAGGAACAGUAAAAGUUGGUGAUACUGCCCUCAACUUAAAUAACAAUUCUUCCCCUUUAGAAGGAUACCAAGAGGUAAAACCCAAUGUUUACUCCAAUUUAUAUCCCGGUGAUAGUUCGCAGUAUAAGGAAUUUAAAAAAUCUUUGGAGGAAUUACAAAUCCAAGAUAGUAGUUUAAGUUUAGAGACUAUUGAUUCCCAGUUGCUCGGGCCAG